AUGGCAUCCGCCAAAACGUCGAACGCAGAGUCGGCCAAGUCCCAUGGCCAUGAUGAUGCCUCUGAGGCAGCCUCAGUUGAUACCCAACUCUCAGCUCCAGGGGACUUAGGGGCAGAUGAGAGCCAUCGCAUAUACAACGUGUACCAAACCGCCUCAUUCACAAACUACAGGAUCUCCGAGUCCAACGACAAAACGACCCUUUACUACGUCAGAACCUCCACGUUUACUCCUGGGAAGCCAGAGAUAACUUUCCACGUUGGGGAAAGGGGUGGCCCAGUCGUGGGAAUCGCCAACUUCCUCAAGUUCUCUUCGCACUCAAAGAUUGGCCUAGGAGACCCAGCAGACACUCUUAACAUGGUGUGGGAAGACUUGAGAAAGGAGAGCAAGGACCAUUCCAAAUACCGCUUCGAAAUGACAGUCAACGGAGUAAGGAAAGGAUUCCUCUGGAAGAGAACACGCAGCAUUGGAGUGGAAGGAUCCGUUCCCAAUAAAUUCAGCGAAUCAAAUUUCAAGCUACUCGACGAAGGAUCUGGUGAACUAUUGGGGAUCUAUUCUACUACCGGCAUCAAAAGCAUCAAGAAGAUGGGAAAAUUCCAGUUGAAUAAAAACUACGGACCCGACUUUGACCGUAUGUUUCUGCUUACUGGGAUGACCUUACUUGAAAGGUUGCAACGCAGGAAGCACGCCCGAGGAAGUGGUGGAGGUGGCGGAGGAUAG